AUGCAGUUCUCCUAUGAAGAGCAGUACCGUUCAUUCCUGGAGGAUCUUUGGUGUGAGUCGGACCCAGACGGGGUGUUCGGUGAGUUGGUUGAUCUUAUUCCGCCGGACGGGGAGGAGGUUGCCUCUCCUGAGGUGGCUAUUGAAGCGAUCCAACCGCCAAAGGGGGAGGAGGGUGCAUCUCCUAAUGUGGUUAUGAUCAAAUCGCCGAUGGGGGAGGAGGGUGCCUCUCUUAAGGCUGAUCAGAAGGUUGCCAAUUGGUCUGUCGAAAUACUAGCCCAUAUCAUAACGGAAUUGAAGCGCUCUCAGCACGGGGAUGACCUGGCUGGUCAGCUGCUUCCGCUUGCUGAGCAGUUGCAACAUGGUACGCUCAAUAAACGUGCAGGCGUGGCGCGUCUGUGCGAGGUCGCGUUUCAAAAGCGGGAUGGGUGUCUUGAGGCCUCAUAUGUCUUGCAGUGCGUUUUGAGAAGGAUUCAGUCCGACUGCCUGAAUGCGGCGGUGGCGUUCUUGGACGAUGCCAAAGCGUUGGACACCGUGUCAUGCGACACAAUUAUACGAGCCGCAGCUGCACAUGGAGCCCCACCAGAGCUUCAGCGUUAUUUGCGUGCGUUAUACACCUCUUCAAUGUUGCUGCUUGGCAAUGAAGUUUUGGAAUGUCGCAGAGGUGUGGGGCAAAGGGAUCCUCUGUCUCCUCUCUUUUUCAUCAUGAUUAUGGAUGAGGAGGUUGCUGCUACCCUGCCAAAUCGGGGGGUGCGGCUGUGUGGCGAUGAGAUUGGUGCUUUGGCAUACGCGGAUGACCUUGUGUUGUUCGUUCCUUCCCAAGAGGCGUUGUCUGUGAAGCUGGUGGCUUUGCAGCAGUCACUUUCGGCGGCAGGUAUGUCGUUGAACGCCUCGAAGUGUCGGGCCAUUAAGGUCCGAAAGCUCGGCAAACAGAAGUGCGUUGUCCUGGUGCCCCAAGCUUAUCCCCUGCAGGGGGUGAGUGGAAAGGCUGAAGAGCGGAAUGGCGCACCAGGUUUGCAAGAACGCCUGGGAGGACAGCUUGCAUCCGAAGAGGUCGGACUAUCCAGCGAACAGCGUCCGCAAUUGUCUCAAUCGACGCGACUGGUUUCGCUUAGUGUACAAGGUACACAGCCCACUGUAUCCAAUACAGUUUUGGCCCCUGAAAAUGAUGGAUUUGCCGCCGUCAGUAAUGACAUACACGCAGCUGUAGACACUACAGCAUGUGGAUGGUUGAAAAGAGAUCCUCAAGAUCCGGGUGCUUGCCUCGCAUCUACCGUAUUACCCAUUGAUAUGACGUAUCCCACGCGUGUUAUUAGCACGCGGGACGAGGGACCCAGUCCCCGUCAGGACAGUAGUAGCUUAUCUGCAAAACUGACUGCCGCCGAGGCCGCUCUGACUCGAGCUGGUAUGUUGGUAACCAUCAAGAAAUCAAUGUCGAUGACGAUUCUGGCUAAUCGAAAGGUGGGUAACACUGCCUUGGCACCAACUGUAUACCGUCUAGAGGAGGAGUCUUUACCGUUGGUGGAAGUGGAUACGGUUGUCCAGUACCUCGGUCUGGACCGGAUCACACGGGCGCCGUUGAAGCCAAGUCAGCGAAUGGAGAUCCUUUUGAGGGAACGGUUCGCCAAGUUGCUUGGUUCACCGCAUGCUACUGUUAAAGUGGUGGCAAUGCAGCGGGGCCACGCGCGCAUACUCCAUGCGGUUAACCAGCCCGUCAGAGUAGGUGGAAUUGUGGUGUGCACAAAGGAGGAGGCCGCAGCGGCUUGGAGAGCAUUGUGGUUGUCGAGUUCAGACGGGAGGGAUUUGGCUACUGAACCUAUGGGCGUGGAGUCCACCCCAUGGGUAUCCCAUCCUGCUAAGAUAUUCUCUCGAUUGUACAUCCGUUCCAUCCAUUUGCGUGCAGUGUGUUUGUUCACCAAUGUCAGGAGUGGCCGGGGAGCCCGCUUGAUUGACGUUAAUUGUUCGGGGCGUGUGGGGAGCCCGAGUUUAUAA